AAUGAUACCGAUGAUGAACCGUUAGUUUGUGGAAUCGGCUCAUGGCGUCCAAAAUGUUUGCAAAAGUGGGCCAACACACGGGUUUUCAUAAUUUUUUUCGGUAUAAUGGCUAUCCUUAACGGAGCGCCAUAUAGUUAUGUGAUGGCCUCUUUGACAACAUUUGAGCGCCGGUUUGCUUUCAAUAGUAUAGUAACCGGUUUCAUACUCAUAGCCGAUGAUGUGGCCGGACUAAUAUUUCGGCCAUUUAUGGGAUAUUUUGCGCACCGCAUACAUCGACCACGUAUGCUGGGAAUGGCACAGUUGAUAUCGGCAACGGGAUGCGUUGUGGCUACCUUACCAUAUUGGAUAUAUGGUCCUGGAGUACACCUGUUGGGCGCAACGGUAGACAAUCCUACCGGUGUUAACAAAACUGGAGAGUUCUGUUCAGUGAAUAGUUUAUCAGAUAACACAUGCAAUGAUAGCACUGGUAUCAAUACUUCCAUAAUACCCGUCCUAUGUCUCGUGAGCUCCACUUUCCUAAUAGGCCUGAGCUCUGCCUGUUAUUGGACAAUAGGCAUACCAUUUGUCGACGACAAUAUCGAAAAGAAAAACUCGCCGAUGGCUAUGAGUUUCCUCACGUGUUUUCGUUUGUUUGGUCCGACCACUUCAUUCAUGUUAUCUUCAUUAGUGUUGCGUUAUUAUGAAAAUCCAUUGAUUGACCCUGGUAUUAAGGACUUAAAAGAUCCCCGAUGGGUGGGUGCCUGGUGGAUCGGGUUUCUAGUGUUAGCCAUAGCCCUAAUCAUAACCAGUAUUCCAAUGUUUCUAUUUCCGGCUGAUCUCAAACAACAAAAACAAGUUAAAGAUUCAGUACAUAAUAAUGAUAAGCAAUUAUCAACACUGGAAAGUAAUAAAAUUAAAGAGAAAGUCAAUCAAUUGGGUGUUGUCAAACGGGUUACAAAUUUAUUAAUAAAUCCUAUAUACCUGUGCUAUGUAUUGGGUACCUGUGCCCGACUGUUUGGUGUACUCGGUUACAUAACAUUCAAGUCAAAAUAUCUUGAGUCUCAAUAUAAAAAAUCAGCAUCCACUGCCAAUUUUGUAUCAGGUAUUGUUGGUAUAUUGCCGUCAGGAGCAGGCAUAUUACUUGGUGGUGUAAUAUUGACAUGUUUUCAACCCGGUCCACGUAUAUUGACUAUAUUUGUUAUGGUUGUGGAAAUGUUGGGUCCAAUAGGCAUAUUAGCUGGUUUUUUUCUAGGCUGUCCGACAUCACAGUUUGCAUCACUACCCAUAAACAAUUUGGGAAUGGAUGUUCAAUCACAGUGCAACUCCAACUGUGGCUGUACAGAGCAACUGUUUCAUCCUAUCUGUGGUCCCGAUAAUAUUACCAAUUAUUAUUCCCCGUGCUAUGCCGGGUGCGCACCCGAAUCACUAAUCAAACCCGAAUCGGGACCUAAUCAAUACUCAAUGUGCAGUUGUCUGGAAGGGGGUUCAGCCACUGAUGGCUAUUGCAACAACCAAUGUGGCAAUAAUUUUGAAAUAUUUGUUACACUUACAAGCAUUGGUGGCCUAAUUGGCCAGUUAUCCAGAACGGGAAAUGCUAUUAUAUCGUUAAGAAUUGUUGAAACUUUUGAUAAAAGUCUUGCUAUUGGUAUCGCCGGAUCUAUGUAUAGUCUUUUAGCAUUUAUACCGUAUCCAUUAGUUUUUGGUGCCAUUUUGAACAGUGCGUGUAUGGUAUGGGAGAAAAACUGCGGUAAAACCGGUAAUUGUCUGGUCUAUGAUUCGGACAAAUUUCGUAACCGAUUUCUGGGUAUAACACUAGCGAUGAUAUUACUGGGCUCUGUGUUUGAUAUACUGGUAGUGAUAUUGUCGUCAAGAAUCAAGAAUCUCUACGAUGACAACGAUAAUGAAGAUUGUGAUACAAAUAGUAAAUCAAAGAAAACUAAUAAUAAUAAUAAUUAA